AGAACCAUCCACUGCGGGACGAGCAAUAACGCCAACCAAAAAGAUGGCAAAAACAUUUCGCCUAUCGUCUCGAUUGACACGGUAUCUGUUCAUUUUCCAAUUAUGGUUGAUAUUGGCCAGUGCGUCACCGACCAAUAAAGGAUGGCUUGUUCGACGUGAUGUCGAAGAGUUGAUUGAGAGAACUAGUGAAUUCGAUCAGCCAAAGGAGCAAAAUAUCGAAAAUGACCUACCACGAAUUUAUUUCAUGGAGAUUGUGUCGGAUAUCCGGCUGCGUUAUGCCUCGACAAAAGUCACGUCAAAAGUUGCCAACCCUGCUGACAAAGCGCAGGAAGCCACUUUUCAUGUUGUUCUACCAGAAACAGCUUUCAUUUCCAGCUUCUUGAUGGAGAUUGACGGGAAGGUGUACAAAGCGAGUGUAAAAGAAAAAGAAGAAGCACAAACAGAGUACCAGAAUGCUGUGGAUGCGGGACUAUCAGCUGCCCAAGUGACUGCAAAUGCCCGUGAUGCCAAUCAGUUUACUGUGUCGGUAAAUGUUGAACCGCAGGCGAAAAUGCUUUUUAACUUGACGUACGAGGAGUUAUUGACCAGACGCAGAGGAAUUUAUGAGCAGGUCAUUCACGUUAGCCCCGGUUCAAUUGUCCCACAAAUGAGCGUUCGAGUCAACAUUUUUGAGACACUACCCAUCAACAAAAUCACAGUGCCUCAGCUGCGCGGCAACGAUAUCGAACAAAGUCAAGACUUGAGUGAAAACGAAGUAGCCAAGAUUAUCCGCACAAACGAAACGGUUGUGAGCGUCGUUUACGAGCCGACAGAGACGCAGCAAAUCCAAUCUUCAAAGGAUGGACUGCAGGGUCAAUUUGUCGUUCAGUACGAUGUGGAUCGUUCGUCCAUUGAAAGAAAAGGCGGCGAAAUUCACGUGGUGGAUGGCUACUUUGUCCACUUUUUUGCACCAAGUACUUUGCCGGCCCUUCCUAAACACGUCAUCUUCGUGCUGGACACAAGUGGAUCAAUGGCAGGAACGAGAAUUGAGCAAACGAAACAGGCCAUGAACUCCAUCCUGGAUCAGUUGAGAGAAGACGAUCUCUUUAGUGUCGUAGAAUUCUCAACAAGCGUCGCGGAAUGGGAUUUAAGAAAACCAUACAAAGGGCUUGAACCUUACUACUACAAUGUUCAAUUGGAGGAAACAACAGAAGUUUCGCAGAACACGACACAAUUGGAAGAAAGUUUUGGCCUUCAUGAUGAUAUUUUUGCGUAUCCUGUAACGGAACGUUCCAUCAAAAGAGCAAAGGAAUUUGUCAAAACCAUGGACGUUACUUCCUCAACCAAUAUUAACGAUGCCCUUUUGCUUGCGCUGAAAAACAGCCAAUCCGUUCAGUCACGACUUCGCCUCACGCCAAUCAUCAUUUUCUUGACGGACGGUGAGCCCACGUCGGGUGUUGUUGACAAAACAGAAAUUCUUGCCAACGUCAGGAAGGGAAACAGUGACGACGUGGUGAGCAUUUUCAGUUUGGCCUUUGGUACGGGCACAGAUUACGAUUUCUUGACGAAAAUUUCGAGUCAAAAUCGUGGAUUUGCACGCAAAAUUUACGAAGCUGCAGAUGCCACCCUCCAGCUCAAAGGAUUCUUUGAUGAAGUGGCAUCACCUCUACUCAACAAUGUUCGCUUUGUUUAUAACAAAGAUGGUCCCGUGCAUGAUGUCACUGAGACCAACGUCCCCAACUUCUUCAAGGGCACAGAAUUCGUAGUGGCCGGUCGGAUCGACCCGGAUUCAAAACUGAGUGCAUCUAUCACUGGAACAGGAGCAAGUGGAUCCUUUUUAUUCCCUGACAUUCAUCCACUGGACGACCACAUUGUAUUACCCAUUCCUAACAACAGCGUUGCAGAAACCGUACCCGCUAAAAAGAGCUUUUCGUUGGAAAAGAUUUGGGCGUACAUGACGAUCCAGGAUAUGCUAAAGAAACGUCAAAUCGUAGAUGAUGCCAAAUCUAUUGCCGAAUUCAAUGGCAAAGCUCUCAAUCUCUCUAUUACGUACGGUUUUGUUACGCCCUUGACAUCAUUGGUAGUCGUGAAACCGAAUAGUACUGCUGCUACGGCUGAUGUCCGUCCCGCAGACGGUGGAAGUUCCGGUUUUCAUUCAGCUGCCUUCUUUGCUGCUGCACCGCCGUAUUAUCAGGUCGGUGCUAUUCCGCCUUAUCUCGCCCCAGAAGGUUUGCCGUUGGUGGAGUUAUUGCCUGGAUUUGAAAGCCACGAGGAGUUUACCACGACGGACGCUGAGUUGACAACAGAAUCAACAUCGCUCCUGCAAUAUAAUACGUCGCCGUUUUCUGCUGACGAAUGGAUCACCAGUUUUGAGCACAACGCUACUCAUGUCAAAAUGCCAACCAGCAAUGACACACUUGAACUGCUGUGGCAAGAUGAACUGCCUGAUACCGCGUACGGCUCGUGUUACGCAGAUGGUGUCCACAAUGUCGUUUGUAAAUCAAUUUGGAAGUGUUCGCGUUUCAUGCCGGGAUCCAGAUCUCUCGCUGGACCUGUUUUAAAUGCCGAUUCCGCAUGUGUAAUCGAAAAUAAGUACGUCGGUAUCUGUUGCCAUUUGGGUUCUACGUUCUCUGAUCCAGUCUUUACAGAAACUACCCUGACGUCAGAGUAUGUAACCGAUAUUGCUCUUAAUGGCGAUGAUGUCGUAACUGCUACUGACCUUGUCCUGUGAUACGAGAGGUGUUUUCAUAUGAACAACAAAACGCUUUUUAUACAACGUUAUUAAUUAACUUGAUAUUCGUUACGUUUUUUUUGUUAUGUCCCAAUGUAUAGCGAGGACGUUUUUCCACUGUUAUGCUACUUCAAUCAUUUCUGUAUUCGUAAAGGAAGAAUAAUCCAUUAAAAUGCUUGAAUCUGUAA